AGAUAUGAUAAAUAUUUUUCAACUUUAUUUCAUAGAAAUUAAUGUUCUGGUCUAUAUAAAAUUUUUCUGAGAUAAUGUACAGAAAAAUACAACUUUGUAAUGGUAUUUAAAAAUAUAAAAAGAAUUCAAACUUUCAAAGUAAACAAAUAACAGAUGAUGAAUUUGAGACAAUAUUCCAAUUUUAAAAAACACAUAGAUCAUUCGAAAGUGCCUGUUCUUAAUGAUAACGACUUAGAAGAGCAACAUGUUAGAGGAUCAGGCCCUGGUGGAUCAAAAAUCAGCACAACAUCAAGCUGUGUUGUUUUAAAGCACGUUCCAACAGGUUUGGUAGUAAAAUGUCAAGAAACUAGAUUUUUAGAGCAGAAUAGAAAAAAGGCUAGACAACUGCUUGUUUCAAAACUAGACAAUCUAUUGAAUGGAAAUAAUAGUAUUGAUGCUCAGAUAAAGAGAUAUACAGAGAAGAAAAGAACUAGCUACGAAUGUAAAAAAGAAAAGUUAAGACAGUUAAAGGAUGCGUGGAAGGAAAGAGAAAAUAUAAGCUAAAUUAAUGUUUACUUUAAUUGGUUCUUACCGUAGUGUUUUCUUAAAAAAUAUAAACACCGAGUCUAUAAUAAAAAGUAUUUAUAUACCUAAUACGACAAAAUAAUAUUCAAACUAGAUAUAAUAUUGGAGCAAUGCUAUUUUUAUAUAAUGUAAUCAAAUAAUUUAUGAUUAACUGAACUGUAAAAAUUGACGUUCUUGAGAUUGCUAAUAUGCACAUACAAUAUAAUACACAGUAUAUUUUAGUUUCUAUAAUACUUUAACACAAUAAAUCUAUUAAAAUUUA